UAAUUAAGCGUGUUGUUUCAAGUGAUAGGCAAGAAACCCGUACGCUUUGAUAAGAAAUCAUGAAUUGGUCGUGCCAAACUCAUGACGUCUCACUGUCAACAGUAAAAUAUUUUUUUUAAUAGCCAUUUCUUUCGAACUUUGGUUUACCAUUUCCCCUCCCAACCAAUCAGCAAAAGCAACUUGCUUCUACGAGGUCUUAUCGUCACCUUGUUCCCUUAAAACUCUAAAAAAAUAUUAACAUCAGCGAUUGAAGGGAUUCAUUCUUCUUCAAUUUUGACUAUAUUCCAAAAAAAACACCUUAAAAUACAAAACCUAAAAAGCCAGUGUGUUCUUGAGUUGUUUUAAAAUCUUAUCAAACACUUCUUUACAUCGUUUCAAACUCUUGUAACUCUUCUUUAACGAACCAAAAAACUCUUCAAAAAACCGUUCCGACAAUGUCCGCAACAUCCGAUUCCAAGCCCGAGUCGCAAGACUCCGCAUCUCAGCAAUCCUUCGAUUUGCAGGAUCAGCAACCUCUUCCUCCUGCUCCUGGAGCACCUGCAUCUCUCUAUGUAGGCGAGCUGGAUUCGUCCGUUACCGAGGCUAUGCUGUUCGAGAUGUUCAACAUGAUUGGCCCUGUCGCCAGCAUCCGAGUGUGUAGAGAUGCUGUCACUCGCCGCAGUCUUGGUUAUGCUUAUGUCAACUUCCACAAUGCGGUAGAUGGUGAGCGUGCCUUGGAGACUCUUAAUUACAGUCUGAUCAAGGGUAAGCCUUGCCGUAUCAUGUGGUCCCAGCGCGAUCCGGUAUUGCGCAAAACUGGCUCUGGAAACAUCUUCAUCAAGAACCUUGAUGUUUCUAUUGAUAACAAAGCGCUUCAUGAUACCUUUUCCGCUUUUGGAAACAUACUUUCCUGUAAGAUAGCGGUGGAUGAUGAAGGCAAUUCCAAAGGUUAUGGAUUUGUUCACUACGAAACCAGCGAAGCUGCCGAUAACGCCAUAAAGAACGUCAAUGGUAUGCUUUUGAACGAUAAGAAGGUUUACGUUGGACAUCAUAUUCCCCGUAAAGAACGCUUGUCCAAGGCUGAUGAGUUGAAGGCCAACUUCACCAACAUCUACGUCAAGAACCUUGACUCAGAAGUCACAGACGAGGAGUUCGAGCAACUUUUUACCAAAUAUGGACCUGUCAGUUCUGCCGUUAUCCAACGUGAUGAUGAUGGUACCAGCAAAGGAUUUGGCUUUGUCAAUUUUGAGGAACACGAGCAUGCUAGACAAGCAGUGGACGACUUGCAUGAAUCGGAUUUCAAGGGCAAGCCUUUGUUCGUUUCGCGUGCGCAAAAGAAGAACGAACGUGAAGAGGAGCUGAAAAAGCAGUAUGAGCAAGCCAAGUUGGAGAAGCUCAGCAAGUAUCAAGGUGUCAAUCUUUAUGUCAAGAACUUGGAUGAUGAUAUUGAUGACGAGAAGUUGCGUCAGGAGUUUUCUGUCUAUGGUACCAUCACUAGUGCCAAAAUCAUGCGCGAUGAGUCUAACAACGUCAGCAAGGGAUUCGGUUUUGUCUGCUAUUCCUCUCCUGAUGAAGCUACUCGUGCCGUCACCGAGAUGAAUGGACGCAUGAUUGGAUCUAAGCCUAUCUAUGUCGCCCUGGCUCAACGUAAGGAGGUCCGACGCAGCCAAUUGGAAGCUCAACUCCAGCAACGCAGUCAAAUGCGCAUGGUAGGAGGAAAUCCUCCCUAUAUGCCUGGAGCUCCCAUGUUCUACGGUGGAGGUUUUAUGCCUCAAGGCCAACGUCCCAUGUUUCCUCAAGGUGGUAUGAUUCCUCCCCGACCACGAUGGUCUCCUGCUCCUCAAGGUCAACCCAUGCCUGGUUAUCCCCCCAUGCCUCAAGGUUACAUGCCCAACAUGCAACCUGGUAGAGGUAUGCCCCGUCCAUCUCGUGGCGGAGGUCGUGGCGGUGCUCCAGCCGGUGGUCGAGGUGGUGCUCCUACUGGACGUGGUGGCCGAAACCGUCCCCCACCUUCAAACAACCAACAAGGUUCCACAGGUGCUGAAGACGAUGAUCAGUUGACAGCCGCUACUUUGGCAGCUGCUCCUCCGGAGAUCCAGAAGCAAAUGCUGGGCGAGAGACUGUACCCGCUCAUCUAUCAGCAGGAUGCUGAGCACGCUGGCAAGAUCACUGGCAUGUUGUUGGAGAUGCAAACUGGUGAGUUGCUCCAUCUGUUGGAUGACCCUAGCGCCUUGGACGAAAAGGUGAAGGAAGCUCUUGAAGUACUCAACGAACACCUGGACGACGAUAAUGAGGACAAGCCAGCUGGUGAAGAAGAAGCAGAUGAUAAAAAAGAUUAGAUACGCUGUUUAGAUACACAGGCGGGUCGAGAUUUUUCCCUGCCUCGAGUAUAGUAUA